UCCUCUUUCGUCCGAACCAUUAACGAGUGUAGACGUGUUGUGCCUUACUCCGCAAACAUCGUUUGACUACAUCAUACCGUAAUAGUACUAAUCUCUGCGCGUGAGACGCGAGUGUUGCGUGCAUUCGACUGCUUAUCGGAGGUGCACCCCCUGCUGCCCGCACGACGCGAGUGACAAAGACAGUUGUCAUAAUUGUUGUCCCGCUCCCGCGCCGCUGACGUCGUGACCUUCAAGCCGAACACGAAGACAAGACAAGGUGAUCCUUAAUAUAUUGCUGUCUCAGUCUAGCUCCGCAGGCCGCGUUCGUAACGCAAAGUGCCUGUGUGAAGAGUGCAGAUACGAUAAUUGCUGUCUCUUUUCCGUCAAGCGUAGUAGUUCUGUGAGUAAUACUGCGGCCAAUAUAAGUACUACGUCUGAUAUAGUUUGUAGAUUUGGUCAGUUUAACGGCUGCAAAGUUGCUACGCUUACAUCAGUAUCACGCUUAUAGCUUGCUAUUUCCAUAUAAGCAGAGUAAUCGCUAUCUACCAUGAAUAAAUCACACUCGGAAUCCGACGUUAAUCAGGAAGAUCUGAAUACAACCCCCACCUUUGUUUUCCAACGGAUCAAACGAAGUAGAGAAGAUAUGGAGGGUUCAAUUGGAAAAGAGUUCGCUGAGUUCAAGGAGGAGGUAAGAAAAAUGUUGAAUGGCUUUGCUGAAAAACAAAAACAAGAGAUUCAGCAGAUCGUUAAUUCGUCCCUGAAAGAAAUCCAGCAAAGUAAUGAAAAAUUGGUGAGCUCAAUUGAGUUUCUCACUGGCAAGUAUGAGGAACUUAAAAAUAAACAUGAGGUCUUAGAGAAUCAGGCUAGAGAAGACAGAUCUCAUAUAAAAAUUCUUGAAGAGAAAAUAGAAUCCAUCCAAACCAGCAAUCAGAAGACUAAUUUUGUUAUUAAGAAUGUGCCUAGGAAACAGGGGGAAGCGAAGGAAGACCUGAUUGAAAUGGUUAUGUGUCUUUCCAAACACCUUGACUGUCCCAUUGCCAAGCAUGACAUAAAAGACGUAUACAGAGUGCGUGGGAAAAACAGCGAGAAGCUUAAUACGCCUAUAAUUGUGGAGACCGGCUCAACCUUACUCAAAACAGACAUCAUAAAAAUGGGUAAGGCCUUUGCUAUAAAAACCAACUCCAAACUAUCUGGUAAACAUCUAGGUCUCAAAUCCGAUUCAUAUGCUGAUAUUCCCGUAUUUCUAUCUGACCAUCUAACUCCGAAGAGUUCCCGUCUUCACUUCUUAGCGCGCGACCUUACCAAGUCAGGAAUGUUUAAAUUUUGUUGGACUUCAUAUGGAAAAGUUUUACUUAAAAAAGAUGAACAGUCCGCGACCAUACUUGUCACAAGCGAACAUCAGAUUCAUCAAUUGAGAUUAGGCAAGUGACUAGUUACUUAUUGUAAUUAUAUAAUAUGUAUCGACAAUAUCGUGAAAACAGAUGUAAUUAUAGUUUCAAUUUCAUAUAGCUUUCGUAGCUUUCUGAUUAACCUGUUUAGCUUGAUGAGAUGUUUUGUUACCUUAUGUUAUCCUAUUAUAAUAAUUGUAAAAAUUACCUUCUUUAUAAGUACAUUUUCUACUUACUCUCCUAUGGUUCACCUUACCAAUCCUCACACACAUACACAUAACACACUUAAUUACCUCUCACUGUAUUCACAUAGCAACUACUCGCACACAUACAAAUGGAUUACUCAUUCAUUCAUUCUAAUAAAUCACAUUAAAUCUCUUUCACCACACAUCCUUAAAAUAAAACACAUGAAAUUUAAAACUUACUUCCACAAAAAUUUCUACUUGAUAUUACGUAAUUUCUAUCUUUCCAUAUGUAUUUAUGAAUAGCCGAUUAGAGACCAUAAAAGAUAUUGAUGAUAUACAAAUAGCGCGCAGUCUUGAAUGUGAUUGUAUAGACCUAAACAGACUGACAAACAUAAAAAGAACUGACUUUACAGUUAUUUCUCAAAAUAUAAGAAGUAUAUCAUGCAACUUUGAUAACUUUGCAAUUACUCUAUCGACUUUUAAUUUUGAAACAGAUGUCAUUAUCUUAACUGAAUGCAGAUUGAGUUCUGAACAACCCAUACCACACUUAAAUAAUUAUUCCUCUUACGCUACUACAAAGCACCAAAACCAGAAUGACGGCGUUGUGGUUUAUAUAAAAAAUAAUCUUAAAUCAAAAAUUUCGGAAAUAAAACUAGCUCACGCGUCUUGCCUGCAACUUGACAUAUUAAAUAACAUUAUAUUAUGCAUCUACCGAUCUCCAGCUAACCCGAACUCAGAGAGCUUUUUAAACUCUUUAAGUACUCACCUUGAUACAAUUAACCCUAUGAAAAAUGUUAUUAGCCGGAGAUAUAAAUAUCAACAUUAAGUUAAAAGACAGUGAGUCGUUUCAUGACCAAAAAAAUAGAUUAAAUUACCUUAACACACUAUCCCAGCAUGGUAUACUGCCUGGUCAUACUCUACCAACUAGAAAUGAGAACUGCCUAGACCAUUUUAUGAUAAAGUUAAAUAAACAUAAGGUUUCCGCUCUCAUUGCCAUUGUUCAUACUAGCAUUACAGAUCACUUCACCACCCUUCUUUCCCUCUCAAAAAUAAAAAACUCCCCAACUGUGAACAAAACUAAGUCCUCGAUUGACUUCAAGAAAGCGCAUGAGUAUUUACUUGAAAAUAACUUAGCUGAUUUGCUUUUUUGUAACGAUCCGGAAUCUCUGGCAGACCUACUUAUAUAUAGACUAUCUAAAUCGAUUAAUAUUAAUACAACUAAUUUAAAAAUUCCUAAUACUAAGCGCAUAAUCAAACCAUGGAUUACCCCUGGCAUUUUAAGAUGUAUAAGGAAUCGCAACAAAUUGCAAAAAAAUUAUAAAAAAGAACCACACAAUGAAAUUCUAAAAAUAACAUUUAUAAGAUACAGAAAUUAUUGUAAUAACCUAAUAAAAAAAAUAAAACGAAAAUAUGAAAGUGAAUUAAUAACCAAGUCAACUACUAAUAACAAAUUAUUAUGGAAGAACAUAAAAAGUAUUACUUAUUCCAAUCAACUUAAAGGCAACAACACACAAUUAUUAAAUAUUAAAUCUUCCCCUUUAGAAUCCCUCAAUCACGUUAAUGAUUAUUUUUCUAACAUUGGCAAAAACCUUGCACUGAAUAUCCCACUGCGCUCAAGUCACAAUUCCGAAGAUCCUCAUUUCUCUUCGGUGAGUCUCUCGAACUCUUUUGUAUUACUUGACACCAAUAUAAAUGAAGUAAACACUAUCCUAAUGGGUCUUCGGACCAAUAGUGCACCUGGAUAUGACAACAUUCCAACAAGCUUUUUAAAAUACAUACGCAACGAUGUUGUCCCCGUUAUUACUCAUCUGGCCAACCUUUGUUUUAGUCAAGGAAUUUUUCCAUCAUCGUUGAAAAAAGCUAUUAUUACACCAAUAUAUAAGUCUGGAGACGGAGGCGAUGUCGGAAAUUAUAGACCUAUUUCAGUCCUGCCUGCAAUUUCAAAAAUUAUUGAAAAACUAAUUAAUACUAGAUUACUUAAGUAUUUCAAAGAUUUUAACAUCUUAUCGGAGUCCCAAUUUGGUUUUAGGCAGGGCAUAUCUACUGAGAAUGCUGUUACGGCGCUCAGUACGCUAAUUACCGAUCAACUUGAUAGUGGCAAGAAAUGUGUAACGGCAUUCCUAGACUUAAAAAAAGCCUUUGACACCGUCUCCGUCCCACUACUAGUUACUAAGUUGGAAGCUAUAGGAGUUCGGGGGAUACCAUUAAAUAUUCUAAAAGAUUACCUCAGCAACCGGAAGCAGAGAGUGAGAGUGGGUCAGCAUAUAAGUGAGGAUGCUGCGGUAUCGUACGGAGUGCCCCAAGGAAGCGUGUUGGGGCCCACUUUGUUCCUUGUUUAUGUGAACGAACUCUGCAACAUGCGAAUUCGAAACGCAAAUAUUUUCUCGUAUGCUGAUGACACUGCAGUAGUGUUUACGGGUGUUUCUUGGAGAGACGUUCAGCUUAGCGCAGAGUUGGGGUUGUCUAUGAUUUCUAGAUGGCUGGGACAGAAUUUGCUCACACUGAACAUA